AGCCCGAGGCGAGGGCGCGGCGGCGGCGGCGGGGGCGCGAUGGCGCGGAGCGCGGAGGGUGCCGCGCUGCUUCUCCUGAUCUGCUUUAACUUUGGAAAUGGACUCCAUUUAGAGGUUUUAAACACAAGAAAUGAAAAUACUCUGCUUCCUAAACACACUCACUUAGUUCGGCAAAAGCGUGCCUGGAUCACUGCCCCUGUGGCUCUUCGGGAAGGAGAGGAUCUGUCCAAAAGGAAUCCGAUUGCCAAGAUACAUUCUGAUAUUGCAAUAGAAAGAGGACUAAAAAUUACAUACAAAUACACUGGAAAAGGGAUCACAGAGUCACCGUUUGGUGUGUUUGUCUUUAAUAAAAACACGGGAGAAUUGAACAUCACCAGGAUUCUUGAUCGAGAAGAAACGCCGAGUUUUCUGCUAUUUGGUUAUGCUUUGGAUGAAAGAGGAAACAAUCUGGAGAAACCAUUAGAACUCCGCAUUAAAGUUUUAGAUAUCAAUGACAAUGAGCCAGUGUUCACACAGGACGUCUUUGCUGGGUCUAUUGAAGAGCUGAGUGCCGCAGAUACCCUUGUGAUGAAAAUCAGUGCAACAGAUGCAGAUGAGCCCAAUACCUUGAAUUCUAAAAUUUCCUAUAGAAUCGUAUCUCAGGAGCCUGCUUAUCCCCCAGUGUUCCACCUAAAUAAAGACACAGGGGAGAUUUAUACAACCAGUGUCACCUUGGACAGAGAGGAACACAGCAGCUAUACUUUGACGGUAGAAGCAAGAGACGGCAAUGGACAAAUUACAGAUAAACCAGUAAAACAAGCUCAAGUUCAGAUUCGUAUUUUGGAUGUCAAUGACAAUAUACCUGUAGUCAAAAAUGGAAUGACUGAAUGGGUAGUUGAAGAAAAUCAAGCCAAUGUAGAAGUUAUGCGCAUAAAAGUGUUCGAUGCAGAUGAAAUAGGCUCUGAUAAUUGGUUAGCAAAUUUUACAUUUGUAUCAGGAAAUGAAAUGGGUUAUUUCCACAUAGAAACUGAUACUCAAACAAAUGAAGGAAUCGUGACCCUUAUUAAGGAAGUAGAUUAUGAAGAAAUAAAGAAUCUUGAUUUCAGCAUUACUGUCACCAACAAAGCAGCUUUUCACAAAUCAGUUAAGAAUAAAUAUAAGCCUAUAUCCAUUCCCUUCAAAGUAAAGGUGAAAAAUGUGAAAGAAGGCAUUCAUUUUAAAAGCAGCACAGUCUCAGUUCAUGUUAGCGAGAGCAUGGAUAAAUCAAGCCAAAGCCAAAUAAUUGGAAAAUUUCAAGCUUUUGACGAAGACACUGGACAAGUAGCCCGUGUGAAAUAUGCCAAAUUGGAAGAUAUAGACAACUGGAUCUCUGUGGAUUCUGUUACAUCUGAAAUUAAGCUUGUAAAAAUUCCUGAUUUUGAAUCCAGAUAUGUCCAAAAUGGUACAUACACUGCAAAGAUUUUGGCAAUAUCCGAAAGUUAUCCAAGAAAAACCAUCACGGGCACUAUUGUUAUUUCAGUGGGGGACAUCAAUGACAAUUGUCCCACGCUGGUCGACCCAGUGCAGACUCUCUGUGAUGACGUUCAGUACGUGAAUGUGACCGCAGAGGACCUGGAUGGACCCCCAUACAGCGGGCCUUUCAGUUUCUCUAUCAUCGACAAACCGGCCGGAAUGGCAGAAAAAUGGCAAAUAGUACACCAAGAAAGUACCAGUGUGCUACUGCAACAAAAGGAACAAAAGCUUGGGAGAUGUGAAAUUCAGUUUCUGAUUUCGGAUAGCCAGGGCUUCAGUUGCCCUGAAAAGCAGGUGCUUAAACUCACAAUCUGUAAGUGUCUGGAUGAUGGCGGUUGCAUGGAAAAUCUGAGGGACUCCUACGUUGGCCUGGGACCCGCAGCAAUUGCACUAAUAAUUUUUGCCCUCCUGCUCUUGCUACUUGUACCACUUUUACUGCUGAUGUGCCAUUGUGGAGAAGGUGCCAAAGGCUUCACCCCCAUUCCUGGCACUAUAGAGAUGCUGCAUCCUUGGAAUAAUGAAGGGGCGCCACCUGAAGACAAGGUGGUGCCUUUGCAUAUGACAGCAGAUCACGGAGAGGGUGUAGCCGUUGACGUGAGAGUGGGAAGUAUAACAACCAAGGAAACCACAAAAGAAAGUAGAGGUGCCUUCCUCGAAGGGCAUCAUGAGAUGGCUGAGGUGGAUGGAAGAUGGGAGGAACACAGAAGCCUGAUUUCUGGUGGAGUUACCGAAGUGACAGGGACAACAGGAGCCAACAUAGGCGCUGAAAUGACAAGGAUCACAAAAGUCACAGGGUCUUCCAGAGACCUGGCCGGAGCUCGAGCAGCUACUGUUGCAGCCAACGAAGAAUUCUUAAGAAGUUAUUUCAUUGAGAAAGCUGCCUCUUGCACUGAAGAAGAUGACAUUCACAUAGGCAAAGAUUGCCUUCUGGUUUAUUCUCAGGAAGACACUGCGUCUCUCCAUGGUUCCAUUGGCUGCUGCAGUUUUAUUGAAGGAGAACUCGAUGAUUGCUUUCUAGAUGAUUUAGGGUUUAAAUUCAGGACACUAGCUGAAAUUUCCUUGGGUCACAAAAUAGAUAUGGAUGGGGAAACUGAGCAGAGGCAAAAACCUGUGGGAGCGUCAAGUACGAAGGCAGCUUCACAUUCAUUCAGUGAGCAAACCAGGAUUAAUUCGGAGAAUGCCUACUUCUCUGGUAAUAGCUUUCAGGUUCCAAAACCUUUGCAUGAAGCAAAUGCAGAGAAAGUAACUCAGGAAAUAGUCACUGAAAGCUCCGUCUCUUCUAGGCAGAGUCAAAAGGUAGCUACGCUGCUCCCUGAUCCAUUGGCUUCUGGUAACGUUGUAGUGACAGAAACUUCCUACAUCACAGGCUCCACGAUGCCACCAAGCACCGUGAUCCUGGGUCCUGGCCCGUCCCAGGCCCUUAUUGUGACGGAGCGGACGUACGCACCGGCCCCUCCCUUCGCAGAGCAGCAUUAUGCUGAUGACAGUAGUGUUGUGGUUACUGAGAGAAUCAUUCAGCCUAACGGGGGCCUACCUGGUCCUCUGGAAGGCUCUCAGCAUCUGCCAGAUGCGCAUUACGUUAUGGUGAGGGAGAGAGAGCGCUUCCUUGCCCCCAGUUCAGGGCUGCAGCGCCCCCUGGCUGCGGCCGCUGUGGCAGCGGGACCGAACCUGACAGUGACAGAAAGGGAGCGAAUCCCCGCUUCCAGUUACCAAUUUCCUGCCGAAACCUCGGUGAUGGCCAGAAAGACAGAGGUUUCUGGAGCCGCAGUCCAUGGCCCCCUGCCAAAUUUCAGUUUAGAGGAGUCUGGUCAUUCUAAUUCUACUCGCACCACGUCUACCAGAGUCUCCAAGCACAGCAUCGUGCAGCAUUCUUACUCCUGAACCGCAGUCCGCCAUGGUCUGACCCGGAGUCCCAUUUCACGGUUUCAACAGGCCUGUCUUCUGAUGAGCCUGUAGACUUACGAGACAUACACAUCGGGCUUAAAACUCUUCUCAGUCACUAAUACACAACCAGCCUCGCCGUCCUAGCCUCCGGGGGUGGGCUUCAGAAAUGCUCCAGGGUUUGCUGAAGGCAUAAGGACGAUGCGAUGUCUUAAGUGCCUUUUAGUGAGUUGUGGCCAAACAAUAUUCACAAAGCAAAUUAGAGAGUCAGUCCAGCUUCCAAGAGUUCACCAAAUGGACACAGAGUAGCCAGGGCUUCCGCUGUGCAGUCCAGCCACCCAUGAAGCUGACUGGGCCUCCUGGCCUACUGCAUUCACCUUGAACGUUGCCGUUCUGUAUCCCAUACUUGACAGCCCCCAGCAGGUUAUCAACACCUCAUUUCUCCAAAACCACGUGCACAGUCUGGACGACUGUUUGAAGACUAGAGGCCUGGCCUUUUAAUCUAUUUUAGGAUGAUUGAAUUUGGGGACUUUGACACAGUAAAGAGCACACGUUGUAGGUCUCUGUGCGUGUGUGUUGUAUGACCAUAAAAAUACCAUUAUUGCUUCCCUGUGUCUCCCCAAAAUCAUGAAAAUAAUGAACACUUCAAAUUCAGUUGAAUAAUCCAGGGCAAAAUUCAUAAAUAUAAAAUCACUUUACUUUUUAGAGUAAUAUACUAUUUUUAGAAACUCAGGAUACAUUAUCUUCUAAUUCUAUACAGCUAACUUAACCACCAGAUUGGCUUCUUCUCCGCCGUGGUAAGAACCUGCGUGUUUCACAGCAAUGUAUCCUCAGUACAUGGCAUGAGUGCCAAAUAAAUACUGUGGCAUCAAACCAAAUUUUAGAAACCAUCCUUUUUUGUUUACAGUUGCAAAAAAUACUGAAAAACCCUAUACUGUCAGUAAUUGUGAGUUUGAAAUGAUUUUAUUCUACAUCUCAAAGUCGCUGACUGCCCCGUCCUGACUUGCUACGUGAAUAUUAAAUAUUAAAGAUCAUUCAGUUGAACAAUUGGCCUGAAAUUGUACAACAUCCUUUUGCCUUUCAUUUUGAAAAGUUAUUUGGGUAUUUUGGCUUCUCAGUAGAUUACGCUUUCAUUGCUCCUUGAAAAAAUAGUUCAUUUAAAGUUUCAAAGCAUGCGUGCUUAUCAGUAACAGUUGAUGUGAAUAUUUCCCACAACAAAAUUAAAGACUAUGUAAUUUUUUGAUUUUUCAAGGUAUUUUGCUAGGGAAAUGAAUCUUUAAAAAUUCUUUUUUUAGACGUGUUUUUUACUUGAAUUAUGUUAUACAAAAGAUUGAUAAGUUUUUCCCUUACUGACUGGAUAUGGGCAAAAGGCAUAUGUUUUUAAAUAUCAUUAAGUGUGUGGCCAAGGUGAAGGUCAGUCUUCCAUGAUCUAAGUUUUUUACUCUAGUAGUAAUUGUUGCUUCCCCCCCCCCAUUAUAUACUUAGUAGUUAUAUUUUGCUAUAUAUGCAACAGGAAUUUCACUACUGUGUGAAAUGUGAAUAUGAUCUGCGGACUCCAAAAAUCCAAACUUGGUCUUAACCGUCCUCCUUGGACAGACUCAGAAAACCUAACCUGUCUCUCUUGUAUGUAGCAUAAUCACAUUUUCUAAAUGGUUUUUUUGUACCUGAAAUGGUGAUUUGUAUUAGGUUUUACAUUUGUUCCUUGGGAGAUUAUAUUUGUACGUGCAUCAUCAUGAAAUAUUUAAAUAAAAAGAUGACCUUUAG